UUCCGAGUUCUCAAAAAAGAAAAAAAAACUUCGAUUCCGGCGAACACAGUAUAGCAGAGGGAGAGAGAGAUGGGGAAGAAGGGCAAGGCGGCGGCGAGGGAGCGCCGGGAGGAGCGGCGGCAGGAGGUCACGCUCCUCCGCGCCGUACCAUACGAGCCCCACCAGCGGUGGUGGGACGGCCUCGCGCCGGCGCGCGCCGUGGCGGUGGUGACGGGGGCCAGCCGCGGCAUCGGCUACGAGAUCUCCCGCCAGCUCGCGCUCCACGGCCUCCACGUCGUCCUCGCCUCGCGCGACGCCGCGCGGGGCAGGGACGCCGCGGAGAGGAUCCUCCGCGAGGAGGAGGCGGCGAGCGCGGAGUGGCGGCAGCUCGACGUGGCGGACGCCGCGUCCGUCGAGGCCUUCGCCGCCUGGACGGCGCGGACCCACGGCGGCAUCCAUGUCCUUAUUAACAAUGCAGGUGUAAACUUCAACAGGGGAGCAGAUAACUCUGUUGAAUUUGCAGAGCAAGUAAUUGAGACAAAUUAUUUUGGUACAAAGCGCGUGAUUGAAGCCAUGCUACCAUUACUGAAACCUUCUCCGUAUGGUGGCCGGAUAGUGAAUGUGAGCUCAAGGCUUGGUAGGGCCAAUGGCAGACGCAAUAAAAUCGGCGAUGCGAUCCUAAGAGAGCAACUAUUAACUGAUGAUUGCUUAUCUGAGGAAUUGAUUGAUGGGAUGGUCAUCAAAUUCCUUGAACAAGUGAAGCAAAAUAGUUGGUCCUCCAUUGAGUGGCCUCAGAUGUACACGGACUAUUCGGUCUCAAAGCUUGCUGUUAAUGUGUAUACAAGACUCAUGGCAAGGAGGUUAUCUGACAGGUCUGAAGGCCAAAAGAUUUACAUCAACUGUUUCUGUCCUGGCUGGGUAAAGACUGCCAUGACUGAUUGGGAAGGGAACAUUUCAGCCGAGGAAGGUGCUGAUACUGGAGUGUGGCUUGCUCUGUUACCCCAGGAACAAGCAACAAUUGGAAAGUUCUAUGCUGAGAGACGCGAGAUAAGCUUCUGAGGUGACUAGUCUUGUCCAUACUUUUCCUCCAGCUAGGCAGCUACAAGUAGAAAUUUUCCAUAGUUUUGCCCCCAGCUAUAAGUAGAGAAAAGCCAUGACCCAAGGUUCGUAUGUUCAAAUUGCUUUGUGUUACUUGCACCUGUUGACAUAGAAGUGAUACGUGCUUACUUUUAUCUAUGUCUUCUUAAAGGGCUUGUGGUUUGCAUUUUAUUUUGUACGUUAGCUGAAGAGCAGUAGAACUGAGAUGUGUUCACAUUUCCUCUGAUAUUUAAUGCAGUAACGGAUCUGUCUUUCGGAA